ACAUAUGCUGUGCGCGUGCUCGAGGCAGCGGGGGCGCGCGCAGCUGUCACGAGGAGAAGAUGAGCGACACAGUGAUCGCGGAGGGAGCUGUUAAACUCAGAGACGGAAGAAAAGUAUGGAAACGCCGCAUGUGUGUGUUUGAGAGUUUGAGAGAGAAUGCGUGUAAAGCUGUGCUUGGUUUCUGUGUCUGCAGUGGAGGAGCCGCUGGCUGGUUCUGCGCAAACCCUCGCCGGUCGCAGGAGCGCGGUGUGAAGGAGAGCAGCGUGACGCUGGAGCACAUCUGCGGUCUGGAGGCGUGUGUCGGCGGCGACGGCGUUCCCUUCAUCCUCUCCAUCCUGUGUCUCAGUCAGAGCGCCGUGCUCGGGUUCGACAGCAGAGAGGCGCUGCAGAGCUGGGACCUGCGGCUGCGCUACUGCCUCGGGGAAGUCCACAGUUUCAGUGUAUCUGUGCUGCCUGGCACUAAACUGGAAAGCGGCCCGGCGACUCUGCAUUUGUGCAACAAUGUCCUGGUCAUCGCUAAAGACCUGCCGGCUGUCAUCAGAGGUCACUGGAAUCUGCUGGACCUGCGGCGAUACGGGCCGGUCAACAACGGGUUCGUGUUUGAGGGAGGAACACGCUGUGGUUACUGGGCCGGCGUGUUCUUCUUGUCCUGCGCCGAGGCCGAGCAGAUCAGUUUUCUCUUCGACUGUAUUGUUCGUGGCAUUUCCCCGUCCAGAGGCCCGUUUGGACUGAAGCCACUGCUGCCAGAGCCCAGCAUCAGUGCAGCUUCAGCUCAGGACAGACUUAAGCAUGAGGCGGAGGAGCUGGAGAGGAGGCUCAGUCUGCUGUCUCACAGCACAGCUUCCAGCUCACGCUUCGGCUCUUCGCUUGCGGGCGACGACCGCAGCAUUUCCGGUUCCUCUGACACCUCGGACACGAGCCAGUCAGACUGCAGCGUUAGCGGUCGCCCUGCGCCGUGGAGCGAUCUGGUUCUGCCCGGCUCUGCCGAAACGUCUCAGGUGGAGGAGAAACUCCAGGUCCCGGCCGAUCCCGUUCGCUCACGGAAGCUGAAAGAGUCCGGCCGACAGAACUCAUCCGACAGCGGCAUCGCGACCGGCAGCUUCUCGUCCUACAGCGGGAGUCUGGAUGCUGCCGGUCCGGGAGAGGAAUACGGUGCGCUGUUUAACCUACCAGAGAAACACCUGUGCUCCUGCUCAUCCUGUCCCGUCCACGAAUACCAGGUUCCCUCGUCCCUGCGGUUCCUGUACGACUCUCCCCGCAGCCUGCUGGAGGUCAGCAGACACAGCAGCACAUCUCAAGACGAGCCCUGCGCCGAAUCUCCCAGCCAAUCAGACUCAGAGCUUGAUAAAGGGGAGGAGUCACAGACAAGGGAGGGCCUAAUAAAAGGGGAGGAGUCUCAGGGAUUAUCCUGUAGUAAAAGCUGCUGUUCACUUCCUCCUGCCGGGAUGAAAUCACUCUUCACCUCCUGCCCCGUCUGCGGAGGACUCAAGGGCUCUUUUCAUCAUUCACUGCCCACUGCGCCAGCUAAUAAGUACAGACACGCUCUUAAAGUGCCAGGUGAACAUUCAGCCACGCCCACUGCUGAUGUCACCGAACCACCCACCAAUCAGGAGCCAGUGGAGAUCAGACACUCAUCUUCGACCAAUCACGAUCCACGGAGGCCCUCGUCUGAACGCUCGCAGACCAAUGAGGAGAAGCGAUCGGAGAUCUACGACUGUCUCCUGUCACACUACAGUCCUGCUGCGAGAAGCAGCGUCUACGAGGCGAUGGCAGCAUCCAGACACACCGUCCUGUACGAGAACUGCGUCCAGUGCAGGAGAGGAGAGGACAGCUGCCGGAUCCUCAGACCCACUCCUCCAUCCAGAGACGCGUUUGUCCAGGAACUGAGGAGGAACAUCUCCGAGUCCUCCUGCUCCUCCACAGUCUCUCUGCAGCGCAUACCUGCAGAAGAUAACAGAGAGAGAAUAUGGGCAGAGAAAGGAAGAACUUAUGAAAUCAUGGACAGCCGAUCAUCAGACAGGAGCCCAGAGGAGGAGCGCAGCAGGUACCAGCUCCUGAUGGCUUCACAGAAGAUUGCUCCUCCUCUGACUGAAGGUGAUCUCACAUCUGUGUGUGUUUGUGUGAUUUCUCUGAGCUGUGAGGAGCGCAGCAGGUACCAGCUCCUGAUGGCUUCACAGAAGAUUGCUCCUCCUCUGACUGAAGCGUUGACAGACAGACUCAGAGGAGACGCGGUGACAUACGUGAAUAUCCCCACCAGCCCCACGUCCAAAAAACUGCUGCAUUACAUGGAACUGGAGCUGCAGGAGUCCAGCGCCGCCGUCAGAGGCAAAAGCUCCAGUAAAUACACUCAGAUAGACAUCACAGCGACGGAGGCGGCUCACAGAGCGGGUUCCCAGCAUGCACUGGGGCGAGAGGAAGGCCUGCAGAGACUGGAGCAGCAGAGGAGACGACGAGGUCUUCCUCACGAUGAAGAGAGAUCGCCUCUCCUCUGGACAAACUGACCAAAACACCUGCAUCAGUCCAGACAGUAAACACUAGUGUCUAGUAUAGUGUAGUAGUCGUGUUUCCUCAUGUGGGAGUCAUUAUGUAGUCUGUCACGCUUAGACGACAUUCGGUCUACAGUGAGCCGCUGCUACGUGAACAGAUAUCUGUGUUCUCAUCUUAGAUAAAUGUGUGCAAUGCACAGAACCAGAAAUGCAUUUUUUAUUUAUUGCAUUUUAAAAUGCAGAAUAUUCGUUGUAUUGCUUUCUGGUUGCAUUUGUAUGAAAUAGGCUGCAUAGUCUUUUUAUUAACCUACAUUCAAGUGUCAUUUUUACAUUAAACUGCUGAUUUUGUAUUUUGUACAUUACAGGCCUGUAUGUUCUCAUAUUCUCUUUCAGCGCUGAAGGAAGUGAACACGAUGUGUUGCUUUGUUUGUUUGUUUUCUAUUGCAGUCACUUUGUCGAAUAUUGCGAUUGCAGUUUGAACUGUGAUAUGAUAACCA